AUGUGUGGACGAUACGCCCUGGCCCUGCGCCCCUCACAGGUGAGGCAGAUGCUGGAGGACGAUGACAUGCCCGUGGCCUAUGCGCCGGAUGACGACAGUGCUGGUGCACCUAGACAAUCGUACAACUUCGCCCCCGGUUACCACGGCAUCGUCUAUCGCGCAGACACGCCGGACUGGGGCACCGGUCCCGGUCCCCGCUCCCAUGCCGGAGCCGAAGACGCCCCGGAGUCUGCCGAAAAGGACAAGGAUGCGCUCGACGCAGCACCAGCCGGCCAUGUCCAGUACAAGCUCCAGUCGAUGAAAUGGGGCCUCAUUCCCUUCUGGACCAAGCGGAACCCAGACUACUCGACCAUGAUGCGCACCAUCAACUGCCGCGACGACUCCCUCAGCACCCCCGGUGGCAUGUGGGCCAGCAUGAAGGCCCGGAAACGCUGCAUCGUCAUCGCGCAGGGCUUUUUCGAGUGGCUCAAGACCGGUCCCAAGGACAAGUUGCCACACUUCGUGAAGCGCAAGGACGGCCACCUCAUGUGUUUUGCCGGGCUAUGGGACUGUGUCCAGUACGAGGGCUCUGAUGAAAAACUCUACACAUACACCAUCAUCACCACGGACUCAAACAAGCAGCUCAAGUUCCUGCACGACCGCAUGCCCGUCAUGUUCGACCCGGGUUCUGACAAGAUCAAGCAGUGGCUCGACCCUAGCAAGCACGACUGGGAUCGCCAGCUGCAGUCGCUGCUCAAGCCUUUCGAUGGAGAGCUCGAAGUGUACCCUGUGAGCAAGGACGUCGGCAAAGUGGGCAACAACUCGCCGUCCUUCAUCAUCCCCCUAAACAGCAAGGAGAACAAAUCCAACAUUGCAAACUUCUUUGCCAACGCCCAGCAAAAGGGCGGAAAGGCCAGCAAGGCGGCCGCCCCGGCAAAGGAGGCCAAGGCGGAGGCCGAGAAGCAAGGCCCCUUUACAGCAGUCAAGGAAGAGGCACCGGAAUCGAGCCCGGCAGAGAAGCGCAAGGCUGUUCCGUCUGGAGGCAGUCCGCCCGCCAAAAAGAUGGCCACGGAGAGAAAGAAAAUCAGCGCUACGCAAAACGAGCGGAAGAGUCCGGUCAAGUCAAAGGCGCCGGGAUCUCAGAAGAUUACCAAAUUCUUCGGCAACAGUGCUUGA